AUGGCUCCUCCCAUCUCUGAAGUAACAAAUGAAAUCAAUAAACAAAUGCAUGCCAAGGCUGCUAUCUUUCUUCGAUCCAAAAGAAAAAUUGUUUUGACAGGUUCAGAAACAGAGGAAGAAGCAAGAGAAGCAGAAAAGCAACCCGUGUUCCUUCCUUCCUUACCUCAAUUUGAUGAUGUUCAUUCGCAGCGUAUUCAUAUGAAACAAAAAUUAGCUGCUGGUUUUCGCCUGCUUGCCAAGUUUGGCUGGGACGAAGGCGUUGCUGGUCAUAUGACUUUUAGAGAUCCUGAAUAUCCAGAUUUGUUCUGGGUCAAUGCAUUUGGGCAAUACUUUGGUCAUAUUAAAGCCAGUGAUUUAAUUUUAGUAGAUCAUGAAGGCUCUAUUGUCCGCGGUAACCAAAUGGUCAAUAAAGCUGCUUUUGUGAUCCAUGCUGCCGUUCAUCAAGCUCGUCCUGAUAUUAUCUGUGCAGUUCAUACCCAUUCUAUCUAUGGUAGAACAUUCUCUACGUUAGGUAGAAAAUUGUUGCCUAUUUCUCAAGAUGCUUGUGCAUUCUAUGGUGCUCAUAGUGUAUAUGAAGAUUUUGGUGGUGUUGUGUUUAACGAAGAAGAAGGACAACGCUUAGUUAAAGCAUUAGGUCCUACCAACAAGGCCUUGAUCAUGCAAAAUCAUGGCUUAUUAACUACUGGUAAGACAGUAGAUGAAGCUAUUUGGGCAUUUAUUGCAAUGGAAAAAUCAUGUCACUCUCAAUUGAUGGCUGAAGCUGCUCACCCUAAUGGAUAUAAAGAUCUCAAGUUGAUUGAUGAUUUAGUAGCUACACAAACGUAUCAUAUUUUGGGUGAUGAAAAAGCAGGUUAUGCUCAGUUUCAACCCAUGUAUAAUAUGAUUGUAAAAGAACAACCCGACUGUCUUGAAUAA